GCAUCAAAUACAGAAGCAAAACAAGCCUGCAACGUCAUUGACAGCAAUAUUAUCCGAGGUAAAUAUAUAAAGUAAUCAUCCAGUUUUUCAGGCAGUAUAUUUGUAGACAUCGCUGGUUUAAGGUCGAAGAGUUCAACUGAUAUUUCUUAUUUUGAUUAAAAAUGGAUAGUAAAUUCUGUGCUCUUUUAAUAGCUUUAACCAUAGUCCAAUUAACAUUGGGGUCUCCUGCAAGAGUUGUUCGUCAGGCAGAGUCCACGACCACUACAACUGCAGCACCAGAAUAUACAGCCUGUAAUACAAGAUGUUUGACAACACUUGAAUACAAUCCGGUUUGUGGAACCGACGGGGUAACAUACUCAAACAUGGGCAGGCUCCGAUGUGCCCAGCAAUGUGGCAAAAGGACGGAACUGAACUUCAGAGGAACUUGCCAAGCUCUUUAAGACUGAUUUUUUUAAUUUCAUUGUCACGUGUAUUAUAGUAUGAAUGUGUUCAUUAAUAAAAUAUAAUUUAUUUGAAUAUAUAAAAAAUAUU